UGGGCUCAUGGCGCCUCGGUGCUUGAAAAAUGUGCAGAAAAGGGUGAAACAAUCUUCACUUGUUUAGUGGGGCCCAUUUUACACCGUCUCGUGUUUUGAAAACCUUGAGAAAACUUCGGAGAAAAGGCCAACGAGUGAGCAAGAGACGAGAGAAGGCAGCACGGAAGCCAAGCGAGACGACGUCAUCACCCGGCGCCGCUAUCUGAUUGGCUCAGCAGUGACUGCAAUUCCACAGCUCGGCCAACCCUCUUGGACACCUUGCUACUUUAAAGGACAGCAUCUCGUCCCUAUCACUCAUCAUUUAUCUUUGGUUUUCACUUAAGUUAGACUGAGUACAUCGUAGUCAUCAACAUUGGUAGCUUACUACGAGUCUUGAUCAGUCGUCGACAUCUAACUGAACGAUCAUUGAUAAGAUAACUAUUACUACACUGACUUCGACUUCAUCGUAAACACAGUGAUGGAUAUUGCUAGCGAGCACCAACAGAGCUCAGCAGCGUCUGCCUGGGUACGACCCGACGUGAGCCGACCCACGGGACUGGAGGCCCCUAACCCCAUGCUUACAGCGGACGCUGAUAUGGACAUGUUCUACAGAUCUACCCAGUCUGAUCGCUACUACGGUAACCAGGGCAUGCACGGCUAUGGCACAGGUAGCAGCCAGAUGACCCUCCCGCACUUCCCACCUCCCCUCCACCCCUGGCUUACCGACUCCACCAAGUCUGCCGUGGUACCACACGCUCACAGCGGGGCCUGGAUCAGCCCCUUCAGCAGCAGUAAGGCCCUGAGCCACCCCAGCCCCACCGCCCCUCUCUCCGUGCACAGCUCCUUGGCAGCCGCCCCCCACCACAACACAUCGUCAACCUUCAGUUUCCCGCCGACUCCGCCUAAAGACGUCACCCCUGACAUGCAGGCGUCUCCAGAAUACUCCCCCGAAAACAAACCAUCAAAGGCCGACGUUGGAGGCAGCCCAAACCACAUGUCCAGUGCAAUGUCCAGCAGUAGUACCAUGCCCACUAUGUCCAGUAUGGCCGGAUCCAUGCCCUCUCAUCCUAUGGCCACCUACCCUGCCUAUGUGACCGGGACAGACUAUGGAGCCAGUCUGGGGUUCCACUCCGCCGCCGCCAGUAUGUUCAAAGCCACCUCAGCCCUAGCUAGAGCAAGAAGCAAGACAAGAUCCAGCUCAGACGUGUUUCAACAGGACAGGGAGUCCGAUCUUUUCCAACCACAAUUUCACGAGUCUGAAGAGGGACGCGAGUGUGUAAACUGUGGGGCCACCUCCACCCCCCUGUGGCGACGUGACGGGACCGGUCACUACCUUUGCAACGCCUGCGGCUUGUAUCACAAAAUGAACGGACAGAACAGACCACUUAUUAAACCAAAAAGACGAUUGUCAGCUGCCAGAAGAGCAGGCACAAGCUGCGCUAACUGUGGCACGUCGACGACAACAUUGUGGAGAAGAAAUCAAAAUGGCGACCCUGUCUGCAACGCUUGCGGUCUCUACUACAAAUUGCACAAUGUCAAUCGCCCUUUGACAAUGAAGAAAGACGGCAUCCAAACUCGUAACAGAAAGAUGUCCACCAAGAGUAAAAAGAACAAACGCCUCAGCGGUUCCUCGAUGAGUGACCUCCUGAAACCCAUGGACAGCAAAUCUUUCUCUCCAUUCUCUCCACCAAACAUGACCCCUACCAUGCACACCCCCAUGCCGACGUACAUGCCUCAGACAUCCCUGGGGGGAUCCUACAUGACACCCCCCUCUCACCAGAUGGUCUCACACGGCGGGUUCAGCGGCUACUCUGCCGGUAGCUACGGAUACACUCAGCCAUCUUCUUACGGACUAUCAUCAGCCGGUUACCCGGGUCUCUCGUCAUCAGGACUAAAUCUCUCCACGAAUAUGGUGGGGGCCUUAGCAUAGGCCGUGAUUCUGAAGACUUUAUAAACUGUAACUACAGAAGGAUGUCUCUUCAGUAGAGCCAAGGUGAAGGUGCUACGUAAACUUUCUGCAGAAAUGUCAAGUUUUUUUUCUAGCAGCAUUAAAUAAACGGCGCGUCUGUCGUUUAUUAUGAUAUUACUCUAUUUAUUAUAUUUUUAACUGCCAAGUCACUGACGGAGUUUAGAAAGAUUAAAAGUUGGCUGUUAAGUUAAUUUUUCCUAGUGAUCAGUAGAACUGAAAGCUGGAUAUUAUUUAUGGUACAUAUAUAGGUACCGCGAGGGGCGCACUCCUAUCCCCGCACUGUUAAGACGCACAGGUUACACAUACCAUGAAAAAGACAAGGGUGUAUUAUUUGUGCUGCUGUAUUAUACUAGAAGUGGAGUUCCGCAUUGUGUACUCAAAUAACUGGUGCUAGUCCCAAACACGUACACUGUGCAACAGUAGAAAAAUAUCGGUAACUUAUUUUUGUCUUUAAAGUGUAUUUAACAAGUGGAAAAUUAGAGGGGGUGUGAGGAGAUCAUAGUUUUUUGCUUGUUCAAAAUAUGCUAAGUGACGGUUAGGUUAAUACCUGAAGCGUCCUUCAGGUAGCUUCAGACCACAGAGGGGAGGAAGGGAGUGACUGUUCAGGUAAAACCUGGUGCCUGUCCUACUACGCCAAAGUUAAAGUGACAAAAGUAAAGAAUCACCUCAGGCUCCAUAUUAGAAUGACACACACGAAAAACUAGUCAUUUUAAAAUAUCAUGUUGUGCUUAAGUGACACGGUGAGGGUCGGGAGGGGGGGGGAGGAGAGACAAGAGGGGCUGUAAAUCUUUAUUUAAUUUCCUCACUUUCAGGAAGAAAAUAUGUAAAAUAUUUUUCAGUGUCACUUUCUCCGAGCAUUUUUCAAGUGGACAUGGACUUUUUUGUACAGUUGUCUAAUAAGUAGUUGUAAUAAUGUAAAUUUAACUUACAUAUUUUAUUUAUAAAGCGUGUGAUCUCCAUUUUUGAACAGGAGAAGUAAAUAUUUGUGUCAAGUUUCAUUGUAAAUAGUGUUAUUGUAAGUAGUUUUUAUGUCUGAUAUUUUUUAAUGGAAUUUGGAAUGAAGGGCAUUUUAUUCUGAA